GACAGGUUCGGCGCCGUCGCCAUGUUCGCCACCAACACACUAUUUUGUUGCAGUGUGGUCUGUUGAUACUGUUAAUAGUGAUCAUCAAGUUUUGAAGGAUAUUAUAAUGAAUUCAAGUCGAUAUAAAAGCACGGAAGCAGUGCCGAUUGCAACUGCAGCAAGAAAACAUACCCAAGACUACAAUUAUUGGAGAAGCCUGCAGUUUCCGAUAAUAGUAAAGGAAUACGGGGCUGUUACGAAUGUUGAAUUUCAGCCUACGGAGCCACAUCACUUUGCUGUUACAGCAUCAAGUCGCGUUGAGUUGUACAGUAAGGAAAGCAAUGAAGUUGUAAAAACAUUUUCUCGCUUUCAUAACACAGCUUAUGGCGCGAGUUUUAGAUCGGACGGGAAACUCUUAGUUGCCGGGAACGAGGACACUCAAGUUCGCCUGUUUGACGUCCAAGGAAGAGUUCCCCUGCGUAUUUUUAAAGGCCAUUCUCGUCCUGUGCAUGUAACAAAGUUCUGUAACAACAAGCAGCAAUUAUUUUCGGCUUCUGAUGACAAAACUGUCAGGGUCUGGGACAUUUCUACUGAGCAGACAUUAAAUGAGUUUUGUGGUCACGAGGACUAUGUUAGGUGCGGCUGCAUCAGUACGGCUUCAGAAAAUACGAUUGUUACAGGUGCAUACGAUCACACUGUGCGUAUGUUUGACACUCGUAGCAAUGCAAAUACAAUCACUAUUAACCAUGGAUGUCCUGUAGAAAGUGUAUUGCUCUUCCCAUCUGGAAGCAUUAUAUUAAGUGCUGGUGGUCACUCUAUAAAGGUAUGGGAUGCUUUACAAGGAGGCAAGCUUCUUACCACUGUCAGCAACCAUCACAAAACAAUAACAUGCAUGACAUUUAACCACGAUUGUACUCGCUUACUCUCUGGAAGUUUAGACAGACAUGUGAAAAUAUAUGAUGUUACAAAUUACAAAGUGGUGCACAACAUAGACUAUGCUGGUUCUAUCUUGAGCAUGGCAGUUUCUCCCAAUGAUGAGACCUUGGUUGUGGGAAUGGCUGACAAAAUGUUAUCUAUCCGUCAUAGAAAACAAUGCAAUAAAGAAGAAAUGAAAGAAGAAAACCUUCAUCUGAGCAAGAGAAAGCAAAAGUCGAUGAUGAGAGGUCGCAAUUUUGUUCCGAACAAAGAUGAUAUUGUUGUUCAACAUCACCAGAAGCAACACUUAGCAAAAUACGACCAAUACUUUCGGAAAUUUGAGCACAGCAAAGCACUGGAUGCUGCUUUGGUUGCCCAUGUAUCCACCAACAGCCCUGAAAUAACUGUUGCAGUGCUGCAAGAGCUUAUUCGUCGUGAUACAAUUCGUGCCUCAUUAAGUGGUAGAACCGGCAAUAAACUUGUUGUUCUGCUUAAAUUUCUUUGCAGAAAUAUUUCUAAUGUUAGCUUUGCUCCAACUCUUUUAAAAGUAUGUGAGUUGCUUCUUGAUAGUUGCCUUGAAACGAUUGAAAAUGUCCCAGUUGAAGUCAGUCACUUAUUCAAAAGGCUUCAAAAUAUCAUGCAUUCAGAGUCACUACUUCAAGUGGAGAUGACUAAACUACUUGGCAGUAUGGACCUUAUUUUAAGUUCCAGCAUUAAAAACUGAUCGAUGUGAAAAUUUUAUCAAAGCUGCUCCACAUUAGAAAUCUAAAAAUUUCUGUUUGAACUUUCUUAAACAAAAUGGUAUACAGUGUGUUAAAUGUAACUGUCAUCUACAACAUAUUAUAGAAGAUUGUAUUUUCCGGCCAUCAUAAUUUUAAAUUGUUUCUUAAAAAAUGCUUCUAUACAAAAUAGAUUUGUGUGGAAUAGUUAAUAUUUGUGUUUUGGUUUAAAUUUCAGUUUUCCGAUAUCGUGCUACACUGCCAUAGUGUCAUUGCUAUCUUACUGAAUUCAAUUUAAGUAUACCUGUGUGUUUGAGCAGA